CAGAUUGGUUGCUGCAGUGCAUCGUUGUUGCAGUGCACACACGAUGGGUUUGAUACAGCUGCUGCUGCUGCUGCAGAGUGUUUACCCAUCAUCCAGUCAUGACAUUUCUUCACAUCUAACACACAAGGCUGCAGAAAACUGCGUCCCUGUCUGUCUCUGGCGUGAAGGUGAAGUGGUUGGAGACAGGCCUGGCACCUUGCUGCCAUGGAGACCAAGCAGGAGCCCUCUACUGUUUGGAGUCAGGCUGCCAACAGUGAUUCAGGCAACGGCACACAGGUGCACUUUGAAGGCGGCACAGUGGCCCAGAUAGUGUACAGUGGAGAUCAGGCAGACCGGGGACAGCAGCAGGUGGUUUACACAGCAGAUGGGAACUCCUACACCUCCGUCGAGUCUGCAGAGCACACGCUUGUCUACAUACACCCUGCAGAUGGAGGCCAGGCCGUAUUCGCUGAUCAGCCACAGGUGGCUUACAUUCAGCAGGAUGGAACGACCCAACAGGUCACAGUUUUGUUGCCCAGUGGUCAGAGUGCUGCCAACCUGCACGUUCUCAGUAACGUAGCCGAGGCUCCUCAGGCCAUCCUGGAGCCAGUCUCCCAGGAGCAGCUGUCUGCGUCCAAUUCGCUCCCCUCCAUGGCUGACAUUGGAGACCCCCCCACCAGUCCGCUCGGGGCCACAGACUCCACAGAAGACUCUGAUGAAGAUGAGGAUGAGGACUCGGAGAUGGAUGAAUGGGAAUCCCGGGAGCCUCAAGCAUUCAACCCUCACAGCCUCUGGUGUGAGGAGUGUAAUAACACCAACCCCUCUGUGUGUCUGAAGCACGGCGCUCUGCACCCCAUCCCCAACCGCCCCGUGAUGUCUAAGGCCCGGGCCAGUCUGCCUCUGGUCCUCUACAUCGACCGCUUCCUCGGCGGGGUGUUCUCCAAGAGGCGCAUCCCGAAGCGCACGCAGUUCGGUCCUGUGGAGGGACCCCUGGUUCCUCAGAGUGAACUUCAGGAACACUACAUCCACCUAAAGCUGUGCAUGCUGGACGCAGAGAAAGACAGAGAGAAGUCUGAAGACAUGUGGUUGGACCUCUCGGACGAGGACAGCUGUAACUGGAUGAUGUUUGUGAGACCGGCUCAGAAUCACCUGGAGCAGAACCUGGUGGCCUAUCAGUACGGCUCGGAGAUCUUCUACACCACCAUCAAGAACAUCCAGCCCAAACAGGAGCUCAAGGUGUGGUAUGCAGCAUCGUAUGCAGAGUUUGUCAAUCAGAAGAUCCACGAUGUCACAGAAGAAGAGAAAAAAGUGCUCCGGGAGCAAGAGAAGAACUGGCCUUGUUACGAGUGUAACCGGCGCUUUGUGAGCUCUGAACAACUGCAGCAACAUCUCAACAUGCACGACGACAAGUUAAACUCUGUUUCCAGAUCCAGAGGUCGGGGGCGAGGAAGAGGCAGGAGGAGAUUUGGGACAGGAAGAAGACCCGGACGCCCGCCCAAAUUUAUACGUCUGGAGCCACUGGUCGACGCAGACGAGGACAAGACGACAGAGAUUCUGGAACUGACGGAGAAGCCGCUGGAGGAGCCGCUGGAGGGCGCUCAGAACGGGCUGAAGGUGGUGGAGAUGGAGCCGGAGCCGGAGGCUGGGACCGAGGAGGAGGACCAGCUGACGCCUCCCGCAGCAGACCCGAGCCCGGAGUCCAUAACUCCUCCCUCCAACAUGGAGCUUCCCGUUCCGCUGAAGGAGGACCCGUCACAGAGCAGCCAGUCAGACUCCCACCUCACCUCUCAGGACCUGCGGCGUGCGAAGAGGAUAAGAAACGCAGCGCUGCAGCACCUCUUCAUCAGGAAGAGUUUCCGGCCCUUUAAAUGCACCCACUGCGGAAAGGCCUUCAGGGAAAAGGACAAGCUGGAGCAGCACCUGCGGGUCCACAGCCGGGACGUCUACGCCUUCUCGUGUCACAUCUGCAGCAAGAGCUUCAUGAGCGAUGGCGCCCUGGAGGACCAUCUGCUGGUGCACACAGAGAACCGCUCUUACUCCUGUCUCUUGUGUCCCGAAGCCUUUGAGAGGCUGGACCUGCUCAAAGACCACGUGGGGAUUCACGCUGUGGACGGCUGCUUCACCUGUCCCUCCUGCAAGAAGACGUUCACCGACUUCAUCCAGGUUAAGAAGCAUAUCCGCUGCUUCCAUUCAGAGAAGAUCUUUCAGUGUCCAGAUUGUGAAAAGGCCUUCUGCAGGCCGGACAAACUGCGCUUGCACAUGUUGCGCCACUCGGACCGCAAAGACUUCCUGUGCUCGACGUGCGGCAAACAAUUCAAGAGGAAAGAUAAACUGCGGGAGCACAUGCAGCGCAUGCACAAUCCCGACAGAGAGGCUAAGAAGGCCGACCGAAUCCACCGCUCCAAGACCCUCAAACUGAAAGUCCCCACCACCGACUUUGAGAGCUUCAUGUUCAAAUGCAGAGUGUGCAUGAUGGGAUUCAGGCGCAGAGGAAUGCUGGUCAAUCAUUUGUCCAAACGUCACCCCGAGAUGCGCAUUGACGACGUGCCUGAGCUAACGCUGCCAAUUAUCAAGCCCAACAGGGACUACUUCUGCCAGUACUGUGACAAGGUGUAUAAGAGCGCCAGUAAGAGGAAAGCCCACAUACUCAAGAACCACCCCGGUGCAGAACUGCCCCCCAGCAUCCGGAAGUUGCGUCCGGCUGCCCCGGGUGAGCCGGACCCCAUGUUGAGCACACACACCCAGCUGACUGGCACCAUCGCCACGGCGCCCGUCUGCUGUCCACACUGUGCCAAACAGUACAGCAGCAAGACUAAGAUGGUUCAGCACAUCAGGAAGAAGCAUCCAGAGUUUGCCACACUAGCCAACAACAUCCCGACUCCUCUGACAGCAGCUGUAAUCAGCAGUGCUCCUGCAGUUAUCAGUGCAGAUGGUACCACAGCUGAGGCUGUCGUGACGACAGAUUUGCUGACCCAGGCCAUGACAGAGCUUUCUCAAACACUAACCACAGACUAUCGCACAGCGCAGGGAGACUACCAGCGGAUCCAGUACAUCCCCGUGUCUCAGGCGGGAGGCGGUCUGUCCCAGCCGCAACACAUUCAGCUGCAGGUGGUGCAGGUGGCUCCGGCUUCGUCCCCACAUUCCCAGCACCCAACAGUCGAUGUGAGCCAGCUGCAUGACCCUCAUGGCUACAGUCAGCACUCUAUCCAGGUACAGCACAUCCAGGUUACAGAGCCCUCGUCUUCAGGACAAGGUGCCACACAGGUUUCCGCUCAGCCUCUAAGCCCCUCCUCCCAGCAGACUGGUCAGGAUAUGAGCCCUACCCAGCUGACCCCUGUGACCUUAGCUCAGAGCCACAGUCUGCAGAGCAGCAGCAGCCAGCAGCAGCAAGGGACUGUGCAGCACGCUUACAUACCCGGGAACUGGAACUACAGAAGCUAUCCAUCUGAGAUCCAGAUGAUGACUCUACCUCAUGCACAGUAUGUAAUAGCUGAGUCCAGCACACCUGGAUCUGGAGUCAACAGCAACCAGGUGAAAACGACACACUACGUUAUCUCCGAGGGUCAGACCGAGCUGGAAACCAAACAGACUGUUUCCCAGAACACAGCGCAGACGCACAGCGAGCAUCUGGAGCAGCAGUCGUCCAAUCAGCCAGCAACAACACAAUACAUCAUCACCACCACCACAAAUGGCAGCGGCACUAGUGAAGUUCACAUCACCAAACCCUGAAGUGUACAGUGAGGAACUUUACCACCUGAGAACUCAACCUGCAUGUAGACCUCAGCAGCUUCUACGCACAUCAAUGAACAAAUGCAUUCAUUCGCACAUGGAUACAGACUCGUGUACAUACUGAGCUUAAACGGAGGGAUGAAGUGAUGAACCAGCACAGUUUUAUGUGUCUGUAAAGUGUUAAAGAUGUAGAAUGAAAUGAGAAAAUAAAAAGUUUUCAUUUUGAAGGGAACUGAAAACAAGGACAUCCUAUGAAUAUGUAAAAUGAAAAACAUGCAUGUUUGGAAAGUCUGGAGAAUGUAAGUGAUCAUCUGAAGGUCAAAUUAGAGGGGAAACAGUCCUGCUGCUCAGUACAUGUGGAGACUUGAAAACUCAUUUUAAAUAUUUAUACAGGCACAGACAUUUCCUAAAGUAUGCGUAUUUGUAAAUAAAGAAAUAAAGACAAAAAUGUAAAAAUACUGUAAAAACACUGUAAAAACAACUUAGCAGCUGGCCUUCCAAAUGAAGUCAUUUUGUUUUUAGCACACCAUCUGUUGUCCUGUCAUUACCAUGUUUAAACCAGAUACUCUUCCCCCGUU